AAUCGGCUGGCGGGCACGAGGGUAUGCACAGCCUAGACUGCGGACUCCGGACGGUGACGGUCGGGCCAUCACUACGCUUACGGCUGCGAGGGUGACCAUAUCGUGCGCCCGGAUCAUCGUCCUCCUCCGUGCUCAAAAUCCGACACGACACGGCCAGGGUUCCGGGUAUUCCAAUUUCCUUCUCCGCCAACAGCCAACAACAGCUCGCCAGCAAAUGGAAGGAUCACGCCUGGAAGGAAACGGAGUUUGAACAUUGCUGGUCGUGAAAUUGUGUGUGUGUGUGUGUGUGUGAGUGUGUGUUGUGCAACGGGAUCAUAAAACAUGCUCCACGCUUCGUUGCUACCCCAAAGCGCUUAGAACCAACAAAACGGGCAGGCUGUGGCUCUGGGACGAGCGAAAAUAGGUCACAUUUUUGUGCCGUAGCCGUAUCAUCCACAGCACAGCUUUCGAAGCUUCCGAAGUCGGUACAGUGUUUUGGGAGGGAUACAUGAUCCUCAACCGUAAUAUAAUUAACACAUCAUUGUUGUGGUGCAGCUCUGUAGAGAGAGAGAAAAAAACGAGAAUAAUUGUGAAUUGUACGAGUGUUUGGGUGUUUGUGUGCGGUGCAUUGUGUAGGAAAGUUGUAUGCUCAGCGUGCAAUGCCGUUUGGCACGCAGUGAACGCGCAUUUCAGAACGCAAACGAACCAAUUUGACGCGUACCCCGCGAAGAACAGCUUCGUGUACGGUGGUUUCUUGAGUCGGUGGCUUUGCUCGCUGCCCUAUCUAGUGGCCAGCGUAUAAUCGCGCUUGUACUGUGUUUUAUGCCGCCUCGCUCGGGCUGGCGGCUUUGUGGUGGAAAACAUGAGCAGCAAUAGAUCGGCGCUGGUGCGGAGUCCGUGGCUCGAUCGUCAGUGCGAGCCCCAGUGUUGUCGCAUCGAGUGUAGCUCAGCACCGUCCAGCCCUAGCUGGGCGUAGAGGGAACGGGGCGGGAGCGAGGAGCCGUUGUUUUCCUCCGACUUUCCCUUCCGGUGUGUGUGUGUGUGCUCGGAUCGUUGAACACUCGCGUGGCAACAGAUGUGCGACCGUGCGUCCCCGCGCCUGGUACCCUGAACGAAAAAGUGCCCUUUUGCUAGCCUCGUCCCCGGGAUGGAGCUGGGCGGCGAAGUGUUUACGAUGGGGUUGGCCCUCAAGCUGCAGAAGGUGCCACCGGGCUCCGGGAUGGCCGAUUUCACCGAGCUCCGACGGGAAAACUCCAACACUGCCACCUUCGCCAGCGACUGGGACAGCUAUCAGAGUCCGAAUGUAGCGGUAGGCAACGACACGGCCGGCCCGUUCGAGGAGUAUGAACUGUUCUACCGGCACUCCUACACGAUGACCGCCGUCUAUUGUGUCGCGUACUUUAUCGUCUUCAUCGUCGGGCUGGUCGGGAACAGUUUCGUGAUCGCGGUCGUCUUUCGGGCACCGCGUAUGCGGACGGUUACGAACUUCUUCAUCGUGAACCUGGCGGUCGCGGACGUGCUGGUGAUAGUGUUCUGUCUGCCCGCAACCCUGAUGAGCAACAUCUUCGUGCCAUGGAUGCUCGGCUGGUUGAUGUGCAAAACGGUGCCGUACAUACAGGGAGUGUCCGUGGCAGCAUCCGUCUACAGCUUGAUAGCCGUUUCGCUGGAUCGCUUCCUUGCCAUCUGGUGGCCGCUGAAGCUGCAGAUCACGAAACGACGGGCCCGGUUUAUGAUCGUGUGCAUCUGGAUCAUUGCCCUGAGCUCCACCGUGCCGUGGGCGCUGUUUUUCGACCUCGUGCCGAUCAUCCCGGAAGCGCCCGACAUCAAGCUGUGCGUCGAGGUGUGGCCACCCGGGACGGACGGGGCGCUCUACUUUCUGCUCGCGAAUCUUGUUGCCUGUUAUCUGCUGCCGAUGACGCUUAUCACCAUCUGUUAUAUACUGAUCUGGAUCAAGGUCUGGCGCCGCUCUAUACCGGGCGACUCGAAGGACGCCCAGAUGGACCGGAUGCAGCAAAAGUCCAAAAUCAAAGUUGUUAAAAUGCUUGUUGUAGUUGUUAUACUGUUCGUUCUUUCCUGGUUACCUCUGUACGUUAUCUUCGCCCGCAUCAAGCUGGGCGGGGCGCUCGAGAGCAGCGAGGAGGAGCUGCUACAGAUCGCCACCCCGAUCGCCCAGUGGCUCGGUGCGUCCAACUCCUGCAUCAAUCCCAUCCUGUACGCGUUCUUCAACAAGAAGUACCGCAAGGGCUUCGCGGCCAUCAUACGAUCGCGCAAGUGCUGCGGACGGCUGCGAUACUACGAAACGGUAGCGAUCGCUUCCUCCUCCACCAGCACGCGCAAGUCCUCGCACUACCACAACAGCCAGAAACGGGCCGGCGGCAGUCCCUCGGUCAAGUCGGCGGACGUGGUGUCGUACAUCUACGAGGAGAAGGGUGGCCGGAAGCACCACGCCAUCUCGAAGCAGAACAGCGACCUGUCGCGGCACAUGCUGCUCAAGCAGGACAGCAGCAUAUCGCGGCAGUCGCUGCUGCUGAAGCAGGAUAGCGUUGCGUCACGAUCGGCGAUCCUGUACCGGCAGGACAGUGACAAUUCGCGCCAGAUGCUGCUGAAGCAGGACAGCAACAGCUCGCGGGACAUGCUGUCCAAGCAGUGCUCGGCCUCGGACUCGAUAUCGCGCCAGGACUCGCAGAUCUCGUACAUCGAGCCGCCCCGCAAGGGCAUCCUGUGCAAGCAGGACACGCAGAUCUCGUACAUCGAGCACGGCGGGCCGGUCGGCACGCUGGCGAACGGUGGCGGCCCGCCCGCCCCCAACAAGAAGUACUCCGCGUCGCUCUCCUCCCAGGACAGCGUGCUCUCGAUCAUCGAGCACAAGCGCCACAAGCUGGUGAAGCAGGACUCGAUCUUUUCCUUCAACGAGCCGAAAUCAGUGUACGAAAGUGCCACGCCGGCCCCGUUCAAGCGGCACCAGCUCGUGAAGCAGCACUCCGUCAUAUCGUUCGCGGAUCAGAAGCGGGGCGGCAGCCUGACCAAGCAGGACUCGGUCACCACCAUACACCGGGCGGGCAAUGGCGAAGGGCCCUACAUUUCCUCCAUCCUGAAGAAGACCGAUUCGCAGUGCAGCUCCGCGUCGCCGGUGCGCAAAAAUAUUGGAUUUUUCGAAGGUUAAGAAAUGUGAGCGAGAGUGAGUGAGAGAGAGAGAGAGAGAGAGAGAGAGAGAGCAAGUAAGCAAAUCAUUUGAAUCAAAUCGAGAGAACUGAAAACUUUUAAAAAGUGUGUGAGCAGUAUUUAAUGUUUUACCACAAAGCAAGGGAGGAAAAUUGACCCCAUUUUAGUGGAGAAGUACCGAAGGUGGUUCGAGAACGUUUGGUUCUACACAUCGUAUCCCUGACCUGAGCAAUCCCCUUACCUUGUUCCAUUAAUCCUUACUCCAGAGGUGGUUUUUUGAGAGGUUCGUGAGGGUCUAAUAUGUGUCCAGUGUGAAUUGCUUUUUUUCAAUGAGCUUUUUUUUUUUACUACAUUCCAACUUGUUCUCCUGCCAGAUUGCAUGUUCAAAUUAGGGAAUAACAUAUUUCAAAACCAAAGUAGCAGCAUUUCUCCCUUGUUUUCUUUUAUGACAAUUGAUGCUCUCUCGUAAUUCAUCAAGGACUUUCCCCUUAAUUUCGUAUGAUUUAUACACAUAUUUUAUUUAAUUUAGGAUAGCUGGGUUGCUUUAAUGAGUAGUUCCUUCUUUAACGACUUUUUCUAACAAUAUGAUCCAUUGUUAAACAAUUGUUUUAAAAAUGGUGCUAAAAUUGCAAUUCGAUCCAAAGCUAACAAAAUGAUAGGGGAAGGUUGGCAAAGACGGACGCUGAACACUUUUCAUAAAUGCAUGAAAAAGGUAAUUUUCGAAUAAUUCAACAAUGCAGCAUCCAAACUUACAAUACAACACAUUUGAGAACAUUUUUGGCAUAAUAUAUGCAAAAUUGGGUAAAUUCACGAACAAAACAAAUUUUCGAUCGUGCGCACCCUUGUGGAUCUAAUUUGACUACUGCGGAUGUUUAGCUCUGUAACUUGAAUUGUUUAUAUUUUCGGAAGUUUUAUUGCAUGAGUGAGUUGUCGUGAUUAUUAAGCACAAGACUGCUGAAAGAACGAUAAUGAAAGUUAUUAAAAAUUCUUGUUUUCUGGUGGUUUAAACAUUCUGACACCAAAGGCGGGCAGGACGGACACACUGUCGUAGGGAAAGAUGGACACCGAAUUUGUUGAUUUAUUUUACUUCUUAUAUCAAUUGGUGAUAAAUCUAUUUCAUCAAACACCUUUAGAAAGGGUAUUUCGAAGACAUAAACCAUUCAGGCAACUAGAGAAAGUAUUGAAAUUAACGAGAAAUGAAACACCGGUAAAAAUAGCAGUCAUGCGUUAUGCUAUUACUCGCUGGACGCUGGUGAGGCACUUCACAAAACCCAAUAUCUUGCCACGACUUGGACAACUUUCAUCAUCAAAAUAAGGGAGCACUGAUAUGUAAUCGUGCAGCAAUAGAUGAGGGAUACUAUGGGUUUACAAGUAUCAAAAAUUUCAUUGUUCAAUGGGAAAAAUGGCUUCACCUAUUAGCAAGUCCGUAAAACAUGCUUUGGUCGCAGACUUUCCGCGGAGUAAUUUCCUAAACGGAAGUUAUAGACUGUUGUUCUGUAAGCUAAUACAACGUCAGCUGUUAAUGUCCGAUAUUUCAAUAAUGCCAAGGAUCUGCAUUAUUCGCGUUGUUAGAAGUGGCGCUUACAAUUCCUAAAUGAACGGCUGAAUGAACCGUGGUUGUAUUUGGCCAAGAAUUGUUUUAUGUACGUACCAGAAUGUGAAAAUCAAUGAAAUACGUUUAAAUACUAUGAAUCUCUUCAAUUUCCAACGUUUUCGAAAGGUGUCCAUCUUACCCUUCAUUGUGUCCAUCUUUCCCAUAUCAAGUAUCCGUCUUAUCCGAACAUUUCAAAACUGCAUGAAAAAAACACGUUUUUAUUUCAUAAAAAAUCAUAGAAAGCGAUAGAAACUAAAAAGGUCCGUCUAAAGGUGUCCGUUUUUACCUGCCUUCCCAUACAUUAAAUCAUUUGCAAAGUCUAGUAUUAUUUCCAAUUGUUAUUAUUUUUUAAAUAGAAUAUCUGUGGCAGGGCAACUGUUCCCUCAAAAAUCCAUCAUUCAAAGUGUCCUUAAAGCAUUUUACUCACGAUCAAUCUGGACUGUUCCACUAUCAUGCGCUGGAGAAAGGGUCCCCUCCCGUACUACUAAGCGAAGAAGCUAAGGUUUGCCCAAACCCCCUUGAAACUCCGUUCCUGUCCUUUUGCGAACCGAUGCCGGUGGUUACGAACUCCGCAAAUUGUUACUGCUAAUUCGCACUACAUUAGACAUUACACCCCCUCCCACCUCACAAAAAGAGUGGAUUCCAAUCCAAUGGUGCUGUCUGUGGCCGUCGAAUGCGUGCACUACACAGCUUCUGCAAAUCUGCUUUACGUUACUCGCAAAACAGAGACCCAACCCAGAAGCACUAUUUUGCAACACUUAUUUAGCAAACGCGAGAUGAAAACACAUUUUUAACCAAUCGGGCUACCACCCAUUUGCAGAACAGCUGCAAACUAAACAUAGUCACCUAUAUACAUAUAUCAGAAUAUAUUAUAUACCUACUGAGGGAAAACAAAACGAACAACUAACUGAAGAGGCAAUAAAACGAAGCACAAACGCAUUCUGGCGAUGCGAGACGAGACGAGGCUGUUUGAGGCUUGGAUGGAGAAAAACAUUCAAACCACAUACCGAUACACACACACACACACAUACUCAUACACACAUACACACACAAAUCCAAAGAAAUGGUGUUAUUUUAAACAUAACAAAUUAACCUACUCGUGCUGUGUAAUAAUAGUAAACACACAUAAUCCAGCGAUCAUGUUUGAAUGUAUUUUUGAAGCGUUUGAAGGUACGAAAUCUGUACACACGACGCUGUUAGCAUCUGAUCAGCACGGUAUGACCGUCGCGUAAUCCCCAAAGCCUCCCCCACCCCACCCCCAACGCAUCGCGAGACACAACUCGAAAUGAUCCUCCCCUACCUAGCGAUAAACGAUAAAUGUAACAAACAAAUUGAAUUUUAAAUAACAACUCACGAUAAACAAAACACAACCAUAACAAAAUCGAACCCGAACCCAAAGGACCAGUGUUAAGAAGAAAUAACUGAACUCUAAUAAUAAUAAAAAAAAAAACAAAAAUAAAUGAAAACAAUCGAUCAUAUUGUUCAUGAGCUAUUUUAAACUUCUCUUGGCAAACGAAGGUAAAUUUAUUUUACAAAAAAAUAAAAAAUAAACAAAGUAAACCCACUCUAAGCCCGACAUAUUUGAUGCUAAUAAUAACAAAAAAGAAGAAAAACACGGAACCAACGGAUUUGCGCAAAAAAAAAGUAAUAGCGAUCAAGCAAGGAAUAUAUUGUUAUAUUUUUUGUACGAACCUGCUAAAACAACUAGAAGAGAGAAAAUGGAAAAGAAGCACACGGAAGAAAAGAAAAAACAAAAAAAACAAAACAGACAAAUUUAACCUGCUAAACCUAACCGUACGAAUUGAUGCAACAACAACAACAAAAAAAACUUACAAAAUGUAUUUAAAACAAAAAGCAAACCUAACAAAAUAUAUCAGUAAAGAGAACAAGCAAAGACGGUUCUAUAAAAUGUCUUGCAAACCUGAGCAAAAAACCGAGGCAGCGCCUACUGCAGUGAAACGCAUAAGGAAUGAUUACGUUAAGAACAUGAUCGAAUUGAAAUAGCCUACUGCACAUGGUACGGAGCAGCGCAGCAGGGUGCGGCUGUGCAGUGUUUGAUCGAUCGAAGAUUACAGUAGCAUGGUGUGUGUAACGAUCGUUAAAAUACAUAAGAAAAGGAAAAAAACCCCGAUCGUUUACCAUUUUCCGUUUUUUGUUUAUCUUUCGUUGUGAGCCAUUGUGUGUGCAAUGCACGGAUACACAAAUGAACGAGCAACUCAUAAUUGUGAUAAGAGCAUAGACCAUUAAUGUUACUCGAUAAAAGGGACUGAAGGGGAAGUGGAAACAAAAUGCCCAUUCAGUUCCUUAGGGAACCAUAGGGUGAAAGGGUGGACGUAUGGGGCUUGCGGGAUGGGACAGAAGCGCAUCUAACCUUAUCACACAUGCAUGCACAUCCCACAGCUUCGCAGGUGGGCACGCGAUUGCGCGAUUAUGUGUCCGUAGCAAUAGCAAACAUCGAUCCUAACUGUUUGGCGGGCGCGAAAGGGAUGCGGCCGUAUGUAUGUUACGUGCUGAAUAUUGUUUAACAAUAAAGCAACAAUGUUAGCGCCAUUAGAGCAAUACACGCGCACCGGCGUAGAUUUUAUACCUAUUAAGCUAAUACAUAUAUAAUACAGAUAAAAGAAGGCUGCAGAAGAAGUGAACGUAAAAAAAAACAAAACCAAAACAAACAAAAAUACAUUAAUUAAAAACCGAUCAUAAACCGGUUUUCUCAGUGCUAUCGUGUACCAGAUGUUUUGUGUAAUGCAAACAAGCAAACAUGUACAACCGAUAACCUAAUCAUUGUCCAUUAUGCAUGUACAGCGGUAAGAUGGAAAUAAUACAGGUUUUAGCAUUUAUACAAACUACAAAUCAUCAACCACAACAGCAAAACAAACAAAUACCCAACAGUUACACUGCAUAGAGUUGCCAGGCCUUCGGUUCGAUCAAAACGGAUGCGAGCUAAGCAUGAGCAUAUAUGCAUUUAUGUGUGCGUACUAAUUUCUGCUGAAUUGAACGGCACCACCACGCACGGGACAAGUGGCUCAUCUCACAGUUUUGUAAGCCAUUUAGGCAUAUUCUAAUUAGCUGUAGUGCGGUCUUAGCAAAAGUGACACAUAAGCCACACAGUUGUCAACGAAAAAUGCUGCCAUGAUGAUGACGAUAAUAUGUUGCACUUGUCCUGCACACUUUCCCAACGCUCAUUGCCGUGUGCGGUGCAGGAGAGGGCCAAUACCGUCUUCUUGUUUACACGGUUGGAGCGGUUUAGCGUUUGCAACAGAAAUGUUGAUAACUGCGUGAAAGCAUCGCUUUGUGAUGCGUAGUGGUGAACACUUUUUCACCUCUUAAUCGAUCCAAGUUGGAAAUAGGAAUUGUAAAAUAGAAACGAAUGCGCGCGAAUUUAUUGCUCUACUCCACUCUACGUUUUUUAUCCAUUUGAUGUGUCUCGCCCUCGAGACGGGGUGAGCGCACAAAACGCGCACCUCCAUCUUAAUGCCACGUUCUAUACCAUUCUGGUAAGGUAAAUGCAAAGCAAUAAUGUAUAUCGAUAACAAGGGAACAGUGCAAGUGAAUUUCAAUCAUACUUGAAGUAAACAUACCUUCGUUUACGAUUCAUGAUGAGCAAAUGGAACGAAGUUGCACAUUUUGAAGCAUGCAAUUGUGCCGUUUCACUACAUUAGAGGCACAUUUUCGAGACACUGCCUAUCAUCAACAAGAGAGCGAAAAAGAGAGGGGGGCGAGAGAGAGCGAGAGCGCGCAGAGUGCCCCAGCCAGAAACAUAACAAAUGCAUCGAAACAAAUAGAACAUACAGAAUACAAAUGAUUAUCUACAUGUAUUAAGGCAUCACAUUCUAAUAUGUGGACAAUUUAAAAAUGUCGGGUUCGUCGCUUGAAGAAGUCUUUCGUUCAACUCGUUCAUCUACACGUGUGUGUUUUGUUCUUCUACGAGUUUCAGCCUAUUGCAACAAAAUAAAGUUGAAAGAAGAUGCUCGAGUUAAUGCAGCAUAUUUUUAGCAAAAAAUAAUACAAACCCUCAUUUCUACUUUAUGCAUGUUAUGCCAACAAAAAAUGGCUCAUAAUGAAGGCAGGUUUUAAAAUAUUGUCAGCCAAAACGGCUACAUCGGCUGAACUGAAACGUCAAAAGCAAUGUGUGCGUGUGUGUUUCAAUGUGUUUGUGUUUUAUAAGAAAACUUUCCUCCAAUUGAGAGCAACAGUGCAAUUUCCUGUUGCAAAGUAUCCAAUUUCAAAAGCUUUAACUCUUAAAAGCAAUUGCUGAACUUUUUCCUCUCAACUUGUUAUCAAUACACAUUCCGAACUACAACAGUUGAGCUAAUCCAUGUUUCCACUAUUUCAAACCACCUAUGGUGCUUAAAAAUUUUAAAAUAAAACAAACAAGCAAAGCAAUACACUGUUCAUGGGCUCGCCAGUGCUUAGCAGAAGGUAAACUUUGUGAUCACAAUUCAAACAACCAAACCGCUCUCCACUGCACUAGGAGCGCCCGAAAUACAGUGAAGUGAAUGAAUUAAUGGUUUUCCUGGUCAACUUUUUGACAUGCCCGGUGUUCUGUUUUACACCGUUAGAUGGUGGUGUUUGUGCACCAAAAUUUAAACAGAACCACGCAACAAUGGCCACAUGAGUGAAAUUUAAUGUUUUAAUUGGAGGAGAGAAAAAAAACGGUAAAUGUGUACAUUUGUUGAUGUUUGACAGAAUGUUUUAUUCGUUGUAUUUUUGUGUGCUGACGGGCAGAAUGUGAGAGAGAUGGAGUAGAACGGAGAUGGGUAGAAUAAUAAAUUAAAACUCUGUGCUAAGUAUAGUAGUCUAACAGAUAAUAAUUUCCAAAUUUAGAAUUAUGACACGAGUGCUGAACGCUUCAUUCAAAACUAGACACAGAGCGAAGUACAAGAAAGCUCUCGAGUGAACAAAAAACCCCGCCCGAGUAUUGGUAAAACUAAAGAAAUAACGUUCAAAUUGAACUGUGGCUAAAGGGUGAGCAAUGUUUCAAAUCAUACUGAACAGUUGUGGGCAAAUCAAAUUGAAGGCAACCUUCGAGCAGAACUCAGUUUCAGUGGUCAGUGUUUGUCGUUAGAUGUACCAUACACGCUUCAAGCAUGAGUGUAUGAUAUUCUGUUUGAAUUGGAAAAUAUAGUUAAUGUUAAAACAAAUGUUUUAAUAAAAUACUGCUGUAAUAUACGUAUAGGUAAUAUACGAUAAAGUGAAAGAAGAAACACUAAACAAAAGUCUGCCACAAUGAAAUGCAAAAAACAGCUAAGAAAGGAAGCAGAUAAACAACUCCCUUCAGCAAACGAAUACACCCAUGCUUGGCACGUACGAUCCGUACGAUCGCAUUUAAAUAAAAAGAGGGAAAACAAAAUAAAACAAACCAAAACAAAAAUACUUUAAAAUGUAGAAAACAAAAAAACCAAAACUAAAUGGAAACACAAAUAGGAACAGUACGGGAAAUGGUAGGUAGGACUGCAAUCGCGAACGGCAAGCAAUCCUCCCCGGGGGGUGCCGCUCACGCAUGGAGGACACUGAGGAAUGAGGCAGAGCAAAGCAAGGGGGGGGGAGGGAGACGUAGAGAAUGUGCAAAUGGGGAGGAAAUGCUAGCCCGAUCUCGGUUCGAUUGCAGACACUACACACUAUAGUUGAGUGGUGGGGCGGAAAGAUAUGGGGGGAGAAUGUUCCGCACCAGCCCAAAUCCUGCUCCCAAAUGGGUGGAAGCGGCUGGUGCCGGGCACUUCAACACUUCCAGCCCCAGUACACAGUUUUGUAGCCACACAGUAGUCCGUGAAGACGUAUAAUGGAAAACAAACUAUCAAAACCUCAGCAAGCGAUGCGAGCACGCACUAGGUCUACUAGGUUGCCAUAGAGGACAAAGCAAAGCUAUCAGAAAUCACUGUUUUCGCGCUCCCACCAUACCCACCCCUGUUAAGCUACCCACGGUGAAGACGGCACCGGUGUGCAUUCACAGCAACAACAAUAAUAUCAAAAUAUCUCUGGGAAGAUGUUUCGUUACUAUGUGUGAGUGUGUGUGUGAGUGUGUGUGCGUGUGUUUUGUUAUCUAUUUGAGCUUACUUUAUUCCGUAGUGUUUGAUGUGUGCGAUGCAGAGUUGGUGAGGAUGAAAGACAACUACUUAAAGUGUAAUAUAAAAAAAAUGAGUAGCAAAAGUAUCACACACACCUUCACCAUACGCUUCAUCCACACCCCAGUGCAAUUGUUCGCUGCGGUGACAUUACAAUAAAAAAAAAGAUGCAAUACAGAUAGAGAUAUAGAACGAUAAAGAGAGAGAGAGAGAGAGAGAGAGAGAGAGAGAGAGAGAGAGAGAGAGAGUUAUAUAUAUAUAGAGAGAGAGUAGAGAAAGGGAAAAGGAAGACAAGAAGAGUGAAAUAUAAAAGUGUAUCAAAUAAUCGCCACUGUAUAAAUAUAAACUACAAAACAAAAACAAUCUGCCGAUGAGGAGAAGCGCCAAGCGCAUCCACGCUCGUGCAGAGUUGAGGCCGAAAAAACCGAUUACAAAAGUAAUAGUAAUAAUAAUAAUAGUAAUCAUAAGCGAUAGUACUAGACAUGGGCGCUGUGUUGCCAAUAAGCGACAAAUGCGCAAAUAAGUACUGGCACUAGCAGCAACUACGUACUUGCGCAUACUCCCUAACGCCGAUACCGAAACGCAAACAAAGCCACAGCCCGAAACUGUUAUCUAAGCCACUUUCCCCGUCACCUGUUAAGUGAUAGCAUGAAUGUGUUUUUUUUUCUGCUCCUACCCUUUAUCUGCCACGUGUGGCGCAGUGUUCGAUGUGUAGUGUCUGUAGUGUUUGUGUGUCAUUUUACAACAUUUUACGUUCAAUGCCCUUGUUAGUAGUAGUGUACGUCCCACCGGCAUUAGGCGAAAGUGGCAAUGUUCAAAACCGAGUGUCUGGAGAGCAUGGUGGACAGGGCAUACGUAUGUGUAUGUGUGUGUGUUUAAAUGUGUGUGUGUGUCUGUGUUUGUUUGGGAGCAGUCAAGCAGUUUUCAGUGGAGAGCGACAGAAAGGAAAAAUCCCCAAUACAAAGCACAUAAUUAGAUCGCUUUCGGUUGUGGUGAUAGCGCUAUGUACUUAAAACUAAACGAGUGGUGCUGUUUAGCUCUAGCUGCUUGGCCACAGCGUACCAAUCAAAUGAUUAUUAUUUUCUUUCAUAGAACACGUCCUCCCUCGAUAGUCGAUCUUGGAUUAAGUGGUUCUUUUCAUACUUAACUGAUCUGCAUAAUAUGUUAAUAUUUGCUACCCAUAUAGUUAUUAACAUCGCUUAAAAAUCUAGUGCUUUGUUAUCGUUUGGUGUGAACUGUUACAAGUCUAUGCUAGUGGUAGUACUGCUGCGCCAUCGUAUACUAUCCUCCAAAACCACACAUUCACACAAACACACACACACAAACACACCUUUACAAACUAAUCGUGGUGUACAAAUUAUGGUGUACAAAAACAAAAACCCCAACAAAUCAAACCAGCAACAGUUUCAAUUCAGUACAGUCGAAAAGGUGUUUCGGUUGGAGCGCUUUAGACUGCUGCGGCUUGUGUGAAUCGAAACUUACCACCCUGUGCGUAGUACUACUACGCCCAGUGGAAGUGAAGCCCAGACCUGAUCGGCGUAAUACAAAGCAUAAAAGAAGAAGGAUAAAGAUUACUAUCACGUUUAUAUUUUAAUCGCAUCAAAUGCAUAACCGAGUACUUGAAAACAAACACGGAUGGUGGAGCGACCAACCUCCGAUGGAUAUCAUAUUCGAGCCAGUUAUUGAAAGAGAAAGCAACCCUAUAAAUGAAUACUAAUAUAUAUACAUAUACAAACAAACACCUAUAUAUAUAUAUAUAUAUAUACACAUACAAUAUCAAAGCGUGGAUAGAAGAUGAAAGGACGAAACGCGGCCACGUGGCUAGGACAGAGCAAACAACGAAAACGAAACACUAACAUCACACAAAACUGUACAUGUGAGCGUGUGUGUGUGUGUGUAUGUGUGUAUGUCCCAUCUAUAGACUUUUUAGACUGAUUUGCCCGCCCCGCUCUGGUGUGUGGUGAGACCGAAACCGAGCCGCGCGUACGCGUAAGUGUAUGUGUGUAUGUGAAUGUAUGUGUAUAUGUUUGUGUGCGUGUGCAUGGCACACAUGGGGAGUGGUCCUGGCGGCCACCUGAUUGGUACAGGAGCGAUUCCGUUAGUGGCACUGGUUUGGUUGACGAAGCAAGGGGGAGGGGAAACCCCCCAUUUACGAUUAUCAUUUGGAAGCUUAGCAAAAGUAUGAAGAAUGUACUCGGUACAAUAAUAAUAAAAAUAUGAAGAAUAAUAUUAUUAAUAAUAAUAAUAAUACUAAAGAUAAUAAUAAUAUAAUAGUAAAACUAAUAAAAAUAACAAAAAGUAAUAAUGAUAAUAUAAACAAUGGCAAUUGCACAAAUAGCGCUACGAUCAGAGGCCAUCCGUACACACGUGGCACGAAACUAGGCAUGGCACGGGACUUUGGGCGUAACAGAAGCUUUACCUGAAGCGCGGAAUAGAGAAGCAGCGAGUGGCAGUGGCUUGCGUGGUUGGAAAAGCAUAAGCAUGUAGAGGAAUGUUGCAUUCUCGCAAACACACGUUUAGGCAUCUAAUGCACCGAAUGGCGGACAUAGAGCAGUAGCUGAGCGAGCAUUUGUAGCGAUCGUUUGUAGCCAGACGGUCCAGAAACACAGAAACGCACAAACAAGCGAUGGUAGAGAGAAAAGGUCGGCGGUUAUGCGGCAGCGCAAGCCGAAUGGGUAGAUUUUAAAUCCACAGCGCAGCAGACACACUUUAACUACACGGUGGACAAGCGUUGAUUUGAAUGACGGUUUGUGCGCGCACGUGGCGACAUUUGAGUGCACCGCGGGGUGGGCUUUGAGGAGAAUUGAUUGAACCGAAUUGGUGAUUUGGAGUGUCGGACGGCGAAGGAAAACAUGUUUAUAAAUGUAAUACAAAAAAGUGAACAAUAAAAAGAGAAGAAAAAAAUCUCAAAAUCUUUAAACAUGAA